AUGGAUUUACUGGACUCGGGACAGAAGUUCAGUCCGAGACAGGACAGUGACUGGGACACGACCCUGCAGUUCCUGCCGGCCGCAGACACCAAGCACCUGGAGAAGAAAUCCGGACGCAGGAAGAAGCUGUGGAUCGGACUCGGCCUCGUGUUCUCAGCCGCCGCCGUGUCUCUGCUGACGGGCCUGUUGGUGUGGCACUUCCACUUACGCAGCGACGUCAGAGUGAAGCGAGUUUACAUCGGCUCGAUGGGAAUCGGUGACCAGCGCUUCCUGCCGGCGUACGAAGAUCCCAGCAGCCCACAGUUUUCCAGCAUGGCCACUCUGGUCAGCCGACAGCUGAAGCUGAUUUACUCUAAAAACUCAGUUCUGACCAAAUACUUUAAAGGUUCGUCCGUCCAGGCCUUCAGUGAGGGAGAAGGUGGCAGCGACAGCCUGGUGGCGUAUUACCAGUCAGAGUUCGACAUCCCCGUCCCCCAGCAGGGGGCGCUGGACGAAGCCAUCGAGUCCCUGGAGCCCUCGAGUCAGCAGGGCCGACAGGGACGAGUGCUGCUGAAACCCGUCGACGCUCUGAGCGUCAACAACGUCAUCUCACGAGUGAUCGAUCCACGAAUGACGAGGACGUCGUUACAAGUGGGGGAGUCCUUCAACGUCCAUGUCAGCAAGGCGGGGGUGGUCCAGUCUCCAGGGUUUCCAGACUCCUCGUACCCAUCGAACGUUUACCUGAUGUGGAGGUUUCGGGCCGACCCCGGCCACCGAGUCCGGCUGGACUUCCACACUCUGAUCCUGGAGGACGACUGUCAGCAAGACUUCAUCAAGAUCUACGACUCGCUGGCGCCGAUAGAACACCGCGCUCUGACAGAACAGUGCGGUUACCCUCACGGCUCGCUCUCCUUCCUGUCGUCUGGAAACGUCAUGCUGCUGACGCUGGUCACCGACGAGGAGAAGAACUUCCCCGGCUUCAGAGCAAACUACUCCCAGAUUCCUCUGACCGAACAAAAAUGUGGAGGAACACUGAGCGGAGACAAAGGCUCCGUCUCUUCACCUUUCUUCCCCUCGAAUUAUCCUCCACGGACCUCGUGUGUCUGGAACAUCGAGGUCCCCGUGGAAAAGUUUGUGAAGGUUCAGUUCAGCAAGUUCCUCCUGGGAAAUCAGAGUAACCAGUGUCCUGAGGAUUAUGUUAAAGUCGACGAUAAAAGACUUUGUGGCAGGAAGUUGAAAAACACAGUAAUCACCAGCCAGAGCAACACGAUGACCAUCAAGUUUAACUCCGACUCGUCCUACGUCGAUCAGGGUUUCACUGCCGAGUAUGAAGCUUUCGUCCCGACCAACCCUUGUCCGGGGAGAUUCCAGUGCACCAACAACCUGUGCAUCAACACGACUCUGCAGUGCGACGGCUGGAACGACUGUGGAGACGGCAGCGACGAGAACAACUGCGAGUGCAACGAGGCUCAGAUGAAGUGUAAAAAUGGACGCUGUAAACCAAAGUUCUGGGAGUGUGACGGCUCUGACGACUGUGGAGACGGGACGGAUGAAGAAAACUGUGAAAAGUGUAAACAGGGAGAGUUUUCCUGCAGAAAUGGUCUCUGCAUCUCUGAGACGUUAAAGUGCAACGGAAAAGACGAUUGUGCCGACGGGUCGGACGAGUCCAAAUGUGAAAGAUCUCUGGUACUGCAGCAGUGUUCAGAGUUCACCUUCCGCUGCAGGGACGGACGCUGCAUCAGCAAACUUAACCCGGAGUGUGACGGAGAGCCGGACUGUGAGGACGGCUCGGACGAGGAUAACUGUCAGUGCGGGUCGAGGCCGUACAGAAGCUCGCGUAUCGUAGGAGGUCAGAUGUCGCGGGAGGGCGAGUGGCCCUGGCAGGUUAGCCUCCACAUCAGGGGCACGGGUCACGUGUGCGGGGCCUCGGUGUUGAACAACCGCUGGCUGCUGACCGCCGCCCACUGCGUCCAGGACAACGGACCAAACAAGUACUCUCAGGCUGACCAAUGGGAGGCCAUGUUGGGUCUGCACGUGCAGAGUCAGACCAAUGAGUGGACAGUGAGGAGGAACAUAAAGCAGAUCAUCGCCCACCAGGACUAUAACUCCAUGACCUACAACAACGACAUCGCCCUGAUGGAGCUGGACAAGAACGUCACCCUCAACCAGAACAUCUGGCCCAUCUGCCUCCCCUCCCCCACCUACGACUUCCCAGAAGGCCAAGUGGCGUGGAUCACCGGCUGGGGCGCCACCAGAGAGGGAGGCUCAGUUGCGAUGAUCCUGCAGAAGGCGGAGGUUCGGAUCGUUAACGCCACAGUGUGUAAGAAUCUGAUGAACGACGAGGUCACGGACAUGAUGCUGUGCGCCGGAGUCCUCAAAGGAGGCGUGGACGCCUGCCAGGGCGACUCCGGCGGUCCGCUGUCCGUCACAGGCCCCAGUGGGCGGGUCCUCCUGGCCGGACUGGUGAGCUGGGGCGACGGUUGUGCUCGCAGGAACAGACCCGGCAUCUACACCCGAGUCACCAAAUACCGCAGCUGGAUAAAGGAGAAGAGCGGAGUGUAGCCGCCGAGCAGCAGACGGGUUCGGAUAUUUAUGACAGCAGGUGAAUGUUCACUCCGAUGUUUUUAUUUUUCUGGUUUCAAAUAUCAAAACUGUAAAAUGAUUCAUAUUCACAACAGAAGAGAAAACAUCAUUCAGUGAAACGUGUUAUGAACCAGGGAUGUUUGUAGGUGAAUGAUUUUAUUUUUUUAUUUCGUAUUUUACUUUUUUUUUUAUUGAACAUUGUUCUGUUUCUUUUGAAACUCACGACAACUGUUUUGUAAAUAAUGAUUUAAGCGUAAUUAUUUUUCUAUGCGGUUGAACAGGCUCAGUGUUUCUGGUGUUUUUGUCACAAUUCAUUUAAAUGUUACAGAUUCAAAAGUUAUCGAUUAUCAAUUAAUUUAUCAACAGGGCCCGAGUUCCUCUGUGAUCAACAGUUCACACAGAGGAUUUCAGAAAUAAUGAAUGACUAUAAAAUAACUUUUAAAUAUCUCUCCAAUGUCCACGGAAAC